AUGGGACAGAGCACUUCAACGCCUCUAUCCUUGACCCUUGAUCACUGGACCAAAGUCGACUUAAGGGCUCAGAAUCUUUCUUUUUCAGUAAAACGCCAGACCUGGCAGACUCUCUAUGCCUCAGAAUGGCCCACCUUUGGAGUCGAAUGGCCCCCAGAAGGAUUUUUCUACUUCCCACUAAUUCGAAAAGUCAGAGAUAUUGUCUUUCAGCCGGGGCCACAUAGCCAUCUAGAUCAACAGCUGUAUAUCUUAACUUGGCAGGACCCCUGCAAAUCUCCUCCUCCAUGGGUAAAGCCUUUCCUUGUCCCUGCCCCGACUCCUACUCCUUCCCCCACGAUUCUAUCUCUCAAACCCUCUGCUCCUCCUCCUCCUCCACCCUCUGUUCUCCCUGAGUCUCAAAAUUUGACUCUACUGGACUCUCCUCCCCCUCCUUAUCCCCUGCCCUCGUCCCCCAACCCCCAACGCCCUCUAAAUGACUCCCCCGCGGCACACACAGCCCCUCCUCCCCUGGAGAAAGCUGGCCCAGCUAAAGGAACUCGCCGGCAGCGAAUGAUUGAAAACCCUGGAGCCCCCGUGAUGCUCCCCCUCCGUCCCUAUGGGCCAAUGAUUGACGACGACGGCCAUGGGGGAAAAAUGCAAGCCUACCAGUAUUGGCCUUUCUCCUCUUCAGACCUAUAUAACUGGAAAAAUAACAAUCCCCCUUUUUCCGAGGACCCCACCCAGCUCACAAGUCUGGUUGAAUCAUUGAUGUUUUCACACCAGCCUACUUGGGAUGACUGCCAACAACUCCUAGGGACUCUCUUCAUGACAGAGGAACAAGAGAGAAUCCUCCUGGAAGCUAGAAAAAAAUAUCCUCAGACCGAUGGGCAACCGACACAACUUCCCAACAUAAUCGAAGCCGGCUUCCCCUUGAAGCGACCCAACUGGGACCCCAACACCUUUGAAGGUAGGGAGCAUCUGUCCACUUAUCGCUGGGCUCUAAUAGUGGGUCUCCGAGCGGCCGCUAGGUGACCAACUAAUUUAGCCAAGGUAAGAGAGAUUAUUCAAGGGCCUGAUGAAUCUCCCUCUAUGUUUCUAGAGAGAAUUAUGGAGGCAUAUAGGAGAUAUACUCCUUUCAAUCCUCAGGCAGAGGAUCAAAAGGCAUCUGUCAUGAUGGCCUUUAUUGGGCAAGCUGCCCUGGAUAUUAAAAGAAAGUUACAACACUUAGAUGGAUUACAAGAUAUGACUUUGAGAGAUUUAGUCAGAGAUGCCGAGAAGGUAUACUAUAAGGGAGGGCCAGAAUUUAAGAAACAGGGAGACAGGAAGGGAUACCUGGGCCCACACCAGAGGCCACCCCUGGCCUCAGGUCAAUAUGCCUACUGUAAAGAAAAAGGACACUGGGCCAAAGAGUGCCCUAGAAAGAGACAGCCAUGCCAGCCAGCCAUUCUGACUCUGGAGGAUGACUAGGAAAGUCGGGGCUCGGAUCCCCUCCCUGAGCUCAGGGUAACUUUUGAAGUGGAGGGGACCCCAGUAAACUUUGAAGUGGAUACAGGGGCAAUAUACUCAGCCCUUAAGGUCCCAUUGGGCCCUCUAUCAAAUAAAAGGUCUCUAGUUCAAGGGGCUAACGGCAGUAAAUAUCGGGCUUGGACAACUAAGAGGACCAUGGACCUGGGGAAAGGAAAAGUCUAUCACUCCUUCCUAGUAAUCCCAGAAUGCCUGGCUCCAUUGAUGGGCAGAGAUCUGCUCACCAAGCUCCAGGCCAAAAUAGCUUUUAACCCUGAAGGCCCCCAAGUGGAAUUUCUAAAUCCUUCAGUAAAAACUCCUAUAGUCACGGCUUUAACUAUGUCAGUAGAAGAUGAACAUCAACUCUUCACACCCCCCCCCAAGACUGAUCAAACAGGCAAGCUACCCCAGAAAUGGAUAACAGAUUACCCAGAUGCCUGGGCAGAAACUGCUGGGUUAGGCCUAGCCGUGAAACAACCUCCAAUAACAGUGGAGUUAAAAACCUCAGCCUCCCCAAUCAAUGUCAAACAAUAUCCUCUGAGCAAAGAAGCUAAAGAUGGGAUAAGGCCCCACAUUCAGAAAUAUCUGGCCUUAGGGGUCCUAAGGCCCUGUCAAUCGGCCUGGAACACUUCCCUGCUACCAGUAAAAAAGCCAGGAACCGGGGACUAUCACACCGUUCAAGACCUAAGAGAGAUCAACAACAGAGUGCAGGACAUUCACCCCACAGUACCUAAUCUGUACAAUCUGCUUAGCACUCUGAACCCUGAGCAGAAAUGGUAUAAUGUUCUGGACUUAAAAGAUGCUUUCUUUUGCUUGCCUCUGCAUAAAGAUAGUCAGUUGCUGUUUGCUUUCGAGUGGGUAAACCCAGAAACCAGAACGUCUGGUCAACUAACUUGGACUAGACUCCCACGGGGGUUCAAAAACUCCCCCACUCUCUUUGAUGAAGCCCUCCACAGAGAUCUCAACAACUUCAGAACUACGCACCCCGAAGUCACCCUGCUUCAAUAUGUGGAUGAACUGCUACUGGCAGCCGACACCAAGGAAAACUGUGAGUCUGGGACCCAAGCACUAUUAUCCGAGCUUGCUCAACUCGGGUAUAGAGCUUCUGCCAAAAAGGCCCAAAUUUGCCAACAAGAAGUAAUCUUCCUGGGCUAUUCCCUUAGGGGCAGUAAACGAUGGCUCACUGAGCCCAGAAAACAAACCGUUGUGCAGAUACCACCCCCAUCUAACAGGAGGCAACUCAGAGAGUUUCUUGGGACUGCUGGCUUUUGCAGGUUAUGGAUACUUGGGUUUGCAUCCUUAGCUGCUCCUUUAUACCCGCUGUUAAAGGGGGGUGCCCAAUUCCAAUGGACCCCUGAGCACCAGCAAGCUUUUGAUAACAUCAAAAGGGCGCUGCUAUCUGCUCCGGCCUGACUCCCGGAUGUAGAAAAACCCUUUACUCUCUACAUUGAGGAAAAGAAAGGAAUAGCAUGAGGAGUGCUCACUCAGACUCUAGGGCCCUGGAAAAGGCCUGUAGCCUACUUGUCUAAAAAGCUGGACUCAGUGGCUACUGGAUGGCCCCAUUGCCUAAAAGCUAUAGCAGCCGCGGCCUUUCUAAUCAAGGAUACUGAUAAGUUAACGCUGGGGCAGAAGCUAACCAUUAUAGCCCCCCAUACCCUAGAGAACAUCAUCUGCCAGCCACCAAAUAGAUGGCUAUCAAACUCUAGAAUAACACACUAUCAGAGCCUGUUGCUCAACAAAGACAGAAUAACGCUGGGACCCCCCGCCCCGCUUAACCCGGCUACACUACUACCUGAACAAUCAUCAGGACCCAUCACUCAUGACUGUCAACAUAUACUGGCAGAAGAAACCAGUAUACGACGGGAUUUAAAGGAUCAGCCACUGCUCCACCCUGAGGUCAUAUGGUUCACUGAUGGCAGCAGCUUCCUCCAGGAUGGUAAGCGGCGGGCUGGGGCAGCAAUAGUUAGCAGAACUAAAGUCAUCUGGUCCUCUAGCCUCCCGGAGGGAACAUCGGCUCGAAAGGCAGAGCUGAUUGCCCUCACGAAGGCAUUGGAGCUAGCGGCAGGCAAAAAGGCCACCAUAUACACAGAUAGCCACUAUGCCUUCGCUACCGCUCAUAUACACGGGGCUAUCUACCAGCAAAGGGGACUAUUAACCUCCGCGGGAAAAGAAAUAAAAAAAAGAGAUGAGAUCCUCCGCCUCCUCUCAGCAGUGCAAAGCCCUAGGGAACUAGCUAUAGUGCACUGUCCAGGACACCAGAAAGGAAAUGAUUCCAUAGCAGUCGGGAACAGGAGGGCAGAUGAAGAGGCUAAAUUGGCAGCCCUAAACUGAGUAACCAUGUUAACACUUUCCACACUGGGGGGACAUAAGUCAGGAGAUUUAACUACAUCGGAGCACCCUGACAACUUAACAUCUAAGGACACUGAACUCCUCGACUUCACUGAGCCCAGCCUGCAAUUUCAGAAAGCCCUACACUACGUUAAAAAUGUACAUCAACUCACUCACCUUGGUUCAAAGAAACUGCAGGCAUUCCUGAAGGAUCAAGAACAGAGUUUUCCACUAACCGACUCACAGCGAAAGGAAAUAGCUGAACAGGUAACAAAAGCUUGUCGGGUCUGUCAAUUGGUUAAUGCUUACCCUUCCAAGCUUCCUGCAGGAAAGCGCCUACGAGGAACCAGACCAGGACAAUUCUGGGAAAUGGACUUUACUGAAAUUAAGCCAGCAAGGUAUGGACUCAAAUAUCUCCUACUCUUUGUAGAUACAUUUUCAGGAUGGAUUGAAGCCUUCCACAAAAAAGAAACAGCGCAAAUGGUGGUCAAGAAGAUCCUGGAAGAUAUUUUUCCAAGAUACGGCCUGCCUAAGGUAAUAGGGUCUGAUAAUAGACAGGCAUUCAUGGCCCAGGUAAGUCAGGGGUUAGCCAGGACCCUGGGGAUUAAUUGGAAGUUACAUUGUGCUUAUAGACCCCACAGCUCAGGACAGGCAGAAAGAAUGAAUAGAACCAUUAAAGAGACCUUAACAAAAUUAAGCUUAGAGACCGGCAUAAAAGAUUGGACUAUGCUCCUGCCUAAUGCACUGUUUUGUGCAAGAAAUACUCCCUCUGUUUCUUUGUGUAACUUCACCCCCUAUGAAAUUCUCUAUGGUGUCCCUCCUCCAGUAAGGGACCUAACCCCAACUCUAAGACCUAACGAUUCCUUUCACAUCCCCUUGCUUGACAGACUUAAAGCUGUUGAAAGAACCCAGCGAUACCUGUGGAAACAGCUGGCCACUGCCUACCAACCUGGGGACGAAGGGACUCCACACGGAUAUCAAGUGGGAGACUUCAUCUACGUAACCCUCCCAGAAGUAACCGGGGCAGGCUUAUAUAUAGGGUCCCCACUAAAAGUAAACAACACUUAUGUACCCAGAUAA